CUUCUCAGUCUAAUGACGGAUGCGCAAAUAUUCAUAAUGAUUAUAACACAAAAAAAGCAAGAAUUUUCAAUUAUACAGACGUUAGUAACUGUUACAAGAGUAUUCCAUUUGAUAGAGAUAUUGCAAAUCAGACGAUCGAAACAAUAAAUGGAAUUUUUAACGGAUUCUAUUCUUUUCUCGAUAUAGCAAAGGAUACACCGCCGAAU